UAAAAUUGGGUCAUUUCUUGUUGCUUUGAUAGUGGAUUUUUUUCUGUCGUAUAGUAAUUCUGAUUUAAUGAAAGUGGCAACAACACAAAAAUAUGCCAAGCAAAGUUACGAUUAUUCAUCCAAACAUCUGCUUGAAGUUUAGCUCUUGGAACGAGACAUGACAUCAGCCUGGGUACGAGGGCGGGUCAAAGGUCACCAUUGCAAACAUGGCGGCAUGAAGCUAAAAUUUUGCGCGUGAUGUCUUUUGUUCACAUUUUCGCGGUAUUUGAAUAAGUUUGAAGCUGAUUUUUGGGCAAAAGGUAUAAUAAGCCAUGGAUGUGGUGUUUGUGAGUGAGUGGGAGAAACAAGACCAGGUCCGUUCCUACGUCCUCCCCACCCCAUACGUCUGUUCCUGGUCCUGUCGGAAUGUGCUUGCCUUCGCAGGUCCUGUACAGGGUCCGUGGUCUGAUGCCUCGCUGGUUCGACCCAUCCAUGUGGUUGACCCUGACCGACCCUGGGACGUUCACAGUUUCAGUACACAGCAUGGGGAGGAUAUUGUGGCUCUGGAGUGGGACCCAUCAGGAACACAGCUACUGUCUGCUGAGAGGUUUGGUGAAGUGAAACUCUGGUCCAUGAAAGACUACCUGGUGAAUGAUUGGCACCUGGUGACCUCGGUUGACCUUGACGGUGAGGAAAUCGUCACCCUGCAGUGGCUUCAUGUUGGCGGUCGUCUGACCUUGAACAACAUGAACAUGACCUCUACCGUCUUCAACGAGAAAAUCACGCACCAAAGCUACGCGCCCUCGCUAUCGGAAUUCGGAGGGAAGGCCUGCAAUGGCUGGGUCGCUGUCACGGCAACAGGAAUGGUGUACAUAACCGCGUUGAGUAAGGAUAACACUCCGACAACCGUUAGUGAAUGUUUAGGGAACGUACGUUCACGUGUUGUCGUGGCGGACGCCGCGUUCACCGUAAAGGGGUUCGUGAUCAUUGCUUUAUCCGACGGAAACAGCAUGUCGCCAGUGAAGUUCUACAAACUCAAACUCAGCAAUGUCAAUGAGAAAUGCACCAUGCAUAUCGAGCCGCUGCCAAGCUUCUUUCUACGCUGCGCGGUCGACCCAAAUAAAAAGGAUAAGUACACCAACGUGACGCACGUGAAGUUUGAACACCGGGAAGGCGUGGAGCAAGUCGUGGUGGUGGUCUCUGGGACAAACUCGAGCACUAUAGAGGUCUGGGGGCUGAGGAAUGAACCAGUGACGCUCCACAAGAUCUUCCAACCGCAAGCGCCCGCGGGAAAACAGCCAAUGGCGGUGAAGUGGGGAUCUCUGACCACCAUCGCGGACCGUCCGCUCGUUACCGCCCUUGCGGUACCGAAGUUACCGGUUCAGUCCAGCAACCUUAUAGAGAGUAAGGGUUACGACACGAAGUUCUUCAAUGGCAGCGCUCUGGCGAUAGCAUUCCAGGAUGGCAAUAUCCACCUUGUGCAGAGAUUGACCCUCCACACCCUGGCCAUGUUCAGUCUGGACUCCUGGCAGCGAGGUUUGGAGGAGACGGUUGCCAAGCGACAGCGCCUCUCGAUGUUCCGUUUCCUGUCGUGCUGCGAGCUGUCCGGGACGUGCUGCGGCCUCAUGGGAGUUGACCCCGGCGGGAGGCUGUACGUUUUCCGAUUGACCCCGUCGCUGACGCAAAACGUGGAUCCCGCUCUUCCGAUCAGACACGUGGUAUCUCUAUUGGAGUACUGUAUGCUCUCAGGUUGGGACUGCUGGGAUGUACUACUGGUAGUGGGACCAAGCAUGGUGGAAUCUGUGAUUGACAAAUUGACAGACAACUACAGUCAGCAGAACCCCGCCUUACAGCAGAUCCACCUCACCAAGUUUGUGGCCAUCAAGGCAGCAUUAUACAGAUUGACCAAUAAUGGCGGAGGGAAGUCAGCUGACUGCUAUGCAAAGCUCCUGCUGAACGCGAUAUCCUCCUCUCUGAAGGCUCUCCUGCGUCCGACUCAGCUGGGGAGUCAGGACCGAGGGCCGGCCGAGAAACUCGCCGUGCUCUGUAGCAAAAGUACAGAGACAGACUUGGACAAGGUCAUGAUCAACCUGGAGACGAAGGAGUUUGUGAUCGAGCCGGUCACGCUGCAGUCUCUUCAACAGCUGAUCCAGUGGGUGGGGGACUUCACGCUGUACCUGCUGUCUCUGCUGCCCACACAGCAAGGUAUGCCUAACCGUGUUGGCUCGACCCUCCUUCGUGACGCCCUAUUCCUACAGAUGUUACGAGAGUUGCUGGUGAUGGUUCGGAUCUGGGGGCUCAUCAAGUCCAGCUGUCUCCCUGUCUUCACCGCAACCUCAGAUAACCUGGACAGCCUCCAGCUGCUGUUUAAGCUGCUCACCAAGGCCUGGAUGUGUGCUAAAGAGGAGAGGCUUUCCAGUGACUGGGAUGACUCCCUGGUAGACGAGUGCUGCCUGCUGCCCAGUCGAAUGCUGGUGCCCAACCUGGACUCUCCACCCCCCGCAGAGGGAAUAAUGGCACGACCCCAGAGCAAGCAACCAAUCCUGGUGCAAGUUGGGAACGCCCCCAGCCAGACGACCUCCCACAUGAUGUCAUACCCGACCUCUGACCCCAUGUGGCGCUCCGGAGGCGAACACCUGUCCCACGACAUCGUGCGGAGGGUACACCUGGGUGUCUCACCUGCCGAGGAUGUCAAACAGUGCAGCAGGUGUUCCUCCACAUCCCUACUGAAGUCCUUUGCGAAGACAUCAGCCCAGAAGGCGUGGGACCAGCGCUGGGCACGGCAAUGUCUGUGUGGGGGCCAGUGGAGAAAAGUCACUGAAGAUGACGACUAAUAGCUGACUAACGCUAGUUUACCUUUAUCCGUGGGGUAACUUAUAUCCGUCAAGACAUUGCAUUUAGAUGCAUCAAGACAACGGAUGGUGCAAAAUUUUGAAAAUGACUAUAAUAGUUUGAAAGCAUUGCAAUUUAAAAAAGCCGUCUG